UUGAUGAAAGAAGCAAGGGUUAUCAGUUAUAAGCUGGUCUUAUCAAUAGUUCCUGAAAAUCUGCGAAACGAUCCUUGGUUCUUGAUACACCUGAUUUUUGUAAAUGAGCAAAAUUACACUUUGUCAUUUUACCUUUACAUGCUUGUGGCUUCUUGCCUAUUGAUGUUUACUCAAAAAAUUAAUUAUUUUUCAUUGGACUAGUCAAAUUUGAAUACUGAAUGUUUUUCUUUUGAUGAAUAAAUUUAGAAAAGUUUCAAAUUUAUCAAAGGUACUGCAUCUGCUCUAAGAUAGGAUGUUCUUGUUUUUAAUGUGGCUAUCUCACCACAAUAUGAUUUCUUGCCAUCCAUUCUUUUUUGUGUAUGCAUUGAUGGUUGGAGCUGGUUUACAACUGUUCUUAUUUUAUGACAGUGCUGCCAGUCAGAAUAAUGUGAUCGCGCAACUAGUGCCAGUUGAAAACUCAUUUGGAACACUCCCUGCAAUGUCUCAAAUGUCGAUUGGUCGUGCUGGCUCAGCACCCUCUGUCCAAUAUGGAAUUUCUAGCAUGCUUGUUGGCAACAAGCCCACUCUUGUCAGAGUUUCACCCUUACUGACUCCUAGGCACUUGUCUCAGAGAAGGAUUAGGUUGCCGGCAAGGAAAUAUCAUCCUAGAAAUGAUGGUCUGAAGGUGUGACUGUUUCCCUCAGAGAAAUACAACAAAAGUUCGUAAAAUAUAUCAUUCUGA